GGAACCCUAUAUUAAACAAAUUUUAAACACAAACAGAUUUACUUCACGAGGCGGGAAAACCAGAGACAGAGAGAGAGAGAGAGAGAGAGAAGAUGGAUGGAGAAGGAGCGAAUAACGACGUCGAAAGCUUACUGCAGGCCAUCAAAGCUUCAGAUAUUGUUGAAAAUCGAAUUCAUCUUCUCAGCCAACUUGGGGAUUUGGACCUAUCUGAGAAGACUGAUUUGUCUUCUCUUGCUGAUUUUCUUGCAACACUUUGGGAGGAUUUUACAUGCUUGGAUGCAUCCCAGUGCAUGUUAAAUAAAACUAUUUUGCAUGUAGCUGCAAAAUACUUAAAAUUUGAUGUCUCCGGAUGUCAAGGGCAACUUCUUGCUCUUGGAACCAAGGCAAGCAUAUGGUGUGGAAAACAUCUAAAGAUGACACUUAUAUCAAUUGGAGAGUCUCAAGAAGAAGAACAUACCGAUCUCUUUUUCCAGUUGGUCUUCGAUUUGUUGGGUUUCUCUGUUGCUUGCUUUUCAGCCUUGACCAGGUCGCCUAUUUUGGGGGAGAAGUUGGUGAUGCCUAUUGUUGAGAAGUUUUUUUCUGAACAAUUAAACCUAACAAAGGCCACAAUUUCAGAGAUCAAGAGAAUCCCUUCUGUUGGUUUAGAAGUACUAAAGGUGGCACAGGUGGUUGUGGAUGCUGCUAUAAGACUGUGCAGAGCGUAUUCACAAGCUCUAAAUUUGGACUCAUACAACUUGGGAAUUCAGGAAGACGAAGGCUCCAUGGAUAGCGAAAAGGUCAAUAAUGUGAAUCAUGUCAUCCACAUAACAGCAUGUGCAAUUGAAAGUUUGCAUGAGUUAGGCACCAUUGCAGCUACUGGUGGUGGAAGUCUGGUGACAAUUCUCAAUGCAUCAUGGAAAGGUGUUGUUAGCUUGCUACAGCUUGGUAAGGGGAUUCUAGCUGCAAAGGUAAAGGUCUCCGAUAUUGUCUUGACCCUAAUUUCACUGGUGACCGAGUCUUUGCGGUGUGCAUCAGAACAAUGGUUUUCUACACUCAAAACAACCAUUGGUGUAACAGAAGCUAGAAAGGCAUUCCUUCCAGUAAAAUUCUAUCUGAUUAAUGCCAUCCGAAUUUCAUCCCAAUACCCAUGCCAAGCAUUCACAGUAUAUAAAGAGAUAACUGUGUGUGUCUUGAUAAUCUCAAGCUUUGGCAUUUCACUUAGCAAAGAAACACAUCUGAAAGCUGCCAGUGAAGUACUGGCAGAACUUCUGGAGCCAACUUCUUUUCUUCUUCUUCACACCUUACUCAAUUCGGCUGAGGUUGAAUAUGAGUCCAAAUGCAAAAUUUUGGACUGGUUGCUGACCGAUGAAAGCCACUCUAGUUCAUAUCAUGAGGAAAUUGGUGGUGCAACAACUGAAAUGGAUGAAAUAUUUUGUUUGAAUUGUGAAACUAAGCCCAGAACAAGAACCCUGCUGCUUGGCCGGGUUAUCUUGUUUCUUGAUCUUUUGAAAACUUCUACUGAUCUUGAAGAAGAUAUAAGAAUUGGCAUCUCCAGAAAACUUGGAUUUCUACUGGAUUUUUUGAUGGAUGAGUACGUCUAUUCUACUAUUCUUGCUUUGCAUGUUCCAAUGCUAUGUGGUUCUGGAUCGACAGCAAAGGUAGUGUGGCAGUCCAUGUUUCCUUUUGUCUUGCAUGCAUUGAAAACAUUCAUGAUUCUGGCAUCUUCGGAUUUAGCUUGGAGGGAGGUGGAGUCUUUCUUACUUGAGAACCUUCUUCAUCCUCACUUUCUUUGCUGGGAGAUUAUUGUGGAACUCUGGUGCUUCAUUGUGCGUCAUGCCGAGAUCGAUAUGGUGAAUGAAAUUGUUGAUAAAUUUUGUUCACUAUUCAAGGUUAUAGCAUCUUCAGAACCAUCACUAAUGCCUGGUUGUGCCCUGAGGAAAAUGGCGAGAUCAAUUUGUAUGAUUAUUCAUUGUGCAACCCAGUCUGUGAUAGAUCGUGUUUACAAUUCCAUCAUUAGUGAUAGAUCUAACUUAUCAUCUAUUAUGUACAUAGCCUUCCUCAUGGAAGGCUUCCCAUUAAAUUUGAUGUCAGAAAACCUGAAAAAGAUUGCAACACAGAGAAUCAUUACAUCCUUUUCUGGCUUCAUAGAGACUAAUGAUGAAAGACUAUGGUGUGAUGGUUCACGAUCAUGCAGUUCAGGUGGACUUGGAGCACCAGUAUAUGCCCUGUCGUCUGCUUUACACUGUCUCAAUAUCAAUGCCACUGAUGUUAAUGCAAAGACCCUGAAGUUCACAGUUGAUGUUAUUCAUCGCUACAGAAGUGCUGUGGAUAGUUUCACAAAGAACCUGUUCUCUACACUUCUGAGUCAGACUUUAAGGAUCAUCUCUAAUGUCAAGCAUCUAUAUGCAUCUGAUCAGAUGAGAGAAGUCAUCCUUGAGCUUCAAAACUUGUUUGUCAAAGGUUCUGCAGCCUCAGAUACUCAAUUUUAUCAAUGCAAACCACAUCUAGCUUCUUUCAUGGCAGGUCUUGGUCACAUGGAAAUCGCAGAAGGUGAGGGAAGUGCAGACUGCUGUGCCAUAUGGGAGUUGUAUCACAUGUUGUUAAGAGAACGACACUGGGCGCUUGUUCAUUUGGCAAUCACAGCGUUCGGAUAUUUUGCAGCUCGUACUUCUUGUAAUCAACUAUGGAGAUUUGUACCACCAGAUGCCGCUCUCUCUUUUAAUGUAGAGACAGGGAACGAUGCAAAUGAAGAGAGGUUUAUGUCUGAGCUGAAGGUUUUUCUCGAGAAGGAAGUAGCUAUUGUUGCAGUUAAACCAUGUGCAGAGCAACUUGGGCUGCUUUUGAAAGAAGGUCUGGUGCUGAAAGAAACUGUUAAGGUCUCAAAUAUUAAUCUAGUGGAUCCAGGAACAGAGAUCAGGGAGUUAAAUGAGGAAAACCAACCAAACAAGAAAAGAAAACUUCCUGGUGAAAUAAGAGAAGGAGUGGCUUUGAUGCAGAAUGGUUUGAAGGUUAUUGGAGAAGGUCUUGCUUUAUGGCAGCAACAGCACUAUGAAUCCAAAGAAUUGCAAGAGAAGCUUACAAGUCACCUUUCUUGCCUUGAAGAGGUGAUUGCUCAAAUGGUGGAUCUUGCAGAUAGUGGGUGACUUAUUUUACUCAUCUGUUGAAGAAAGCUAUGUGGUGGGUAAUUCGAUAUAUUGGAUUCCCUCCUGUACACCGAAAAAAUGAAAGAUAAUGUUCCUAAACUAAUGCUGAGCAGGUGUGAAUAUUUCCUUUAUUUUCCUCUUUCAACCAUUGCUAUAAAUUUCUCAUAAACCAUAUCCUAGAAGUUAGAAUCACAGAACAAUAGACCAUAUCUCAGAAGUCAGAAUCACAACUCAGUAGUUGAGAAAAGUUAAAGAGUUGAAAUUUGCCACGUGUGAAACAAUUUAUCACACUUCAUAAAGAUAAUUGGUAUCUGCAACUGCUUUUCUGAUGUGUUCAAAAAAUAGAUUGAAUGUGGGGUCCAAUGUGUAAAUUUGUUCUGUCUCAAGUCCUGAAUAUAGCUCCUUGAAACCCUAAAGUGAUAAAAGUCUAUCCAGGAGAGCUUUCGCCUGAGAAGUAAUGUUAUUUACUGUUAUGGGAAUGAAUUCAUGCAACAUAAGC